UCAGGUCCUCCUCUUUCAAAUUUGAAGCAAUUUAACUGAGUCGAUAUGUAAUUAUUGUGAUAAAUAUCAGCAUUACACAACUUGUUUUUCGUGUAUAAAAACCCAUUCAAUUCAAGGAUAAAAAUCAAUUCCCAUUGGAAUUUAAUAAUAACACAAUGUUGUUCGUUUCAAAGUUUCUCUAUGCAGUGUUGUUCCUCAUUUUCAUCGUAAAAAUAUCGUAUGCCUUGAAAUACCAGUUUAUUCCUGAAAAUGACGAGUUCUUUGAUGAUUGUUCUAAUCAACCAAAUAAUGUUCUUAAUUUUUAUGGAGUGUUUAAUACCUCCGAGUUCACAAUUUCACGCCAGGACGAUAUAAUUUAUAUGUCUGGCAAUACUACCUAUAAGUGGAAUAUUCAACCAGGAGAUCGCAUUGAGAUGAGCUUUCAGCUAUUUAAAUUUGAUCGUAUAGCCUGGGUGCAAACACUAUUCGGUAUGACAGUUCGUAACAUGUGUGCUCUUCUAUAUGAUGAGCCUCAGUACUGGUAUAAGUAUUGGACAAAAUAUAUAACUAAUAAAGAAGACGUGAAGGACAAAUGCAUGUACCCUGGAACUAAAUUAAUUCACGAACCCUUUUCUCUGAAUUUGAUAUUCGAUUUUACUGGAUUGCCUUUAAGUGGACGACAUAAAGUUAUUGCCACAAUUAAAGCAUUUAACGCGAAGAAUGUGGAGCGAGAAACUAGCAUCUGUAUCGAAGUAGAGGGACACUUUGAAAGACUCAAUUAAUGUACAUAAAUUGAAAGCCUGGAGUGAUUAAUGUUACAGUAUCUACAAGUCGGUUAUUUCCGACGCGAACACUUUUUUAUUAUCCUAUCAAUACCAAUAACUACUAUACAAUAAAAAAAAUUGUUUGUGUCUCUUUUGAUUGAGAAUUUGUAACA